AUGCCACCUUAUCUCCCGCGCAAACGAUUGCGCACCCCUUCAGACGACGAUGACCAGGCUGUAAAGAAAUCAAAGCAAACCAAGGGCAAGGCCACUCCAGCGCCACGGCGAAAGACCACGUUAUUUGAUGAUAUUGACUCAAGCUCUAAUACCGGCUCUGCUCAAAAGACUAAAUCUGCCAUACAACAGAUGCAAGAUGACAGUGAUAGUAGCUCUCUUAGUUCGCUUUCCGAUGCCGAAUUCGAAGACGUCCCAGCUGCUAAGCGGCAAAAGGUGGAUGACGAUGAGGAAGGUUCAGAAGAUGAAGACAUGGAAUUUGAAGAUGUCCCCUCUCAUGAAGCUCAACAUCAGGAACCCGAGAUUGAGGGUGAUCUCGAGUUGACGUUGUACCAAAAUAACCAUGUUCCUUUGACUAGUGAACUGGGAAGGAAAGGUCCCACGAAAAAAGAAAAAGCUAUCCGUAUCUCAGUUCAUUGUAUGCAUGUUCAAUUACUUCUAUGGCAUAAUGCGAUCCGGAACUCUUGGAUUUGCGACAAGGAAGUCCAAGCUAUCAUGAUUUCACAUUUACCACCAAGAUUAUGGGACGAGGUGGAUCGAUGGAUACAAAACAGCGGCCUAGAUAUUCCCGAAGAACCACCCAAGAAACCCGCAAGGGGAAAAGCAAACUCAAAAGGCAAGGGCAAGCAACGCGCCUCAAAAUCCACCAGAGAUUGGGGUGACGCAGCCGACAGACUCGAAAAGGGGGUUCCCGACAUGAGUCAUGGUGAUCCUUUAUUCAGGCUUAUGAAGUGCCUUGUGUCAUGGUGGAGACAAAGGUUUCGGAUAACUGCUCCUGGCCUGCGCAAGUGGGGUUACAUGAACAUCAGAAGGUUAGGCAAGCUAAGGUCAAACUUCGAAUCGGAAGAGCACGAUCCGGAUCGCUUUGGGGAACGAAUCCAAAAUCUCGAUGAGUUUAGGCAACGAGCUCAAGACUGUACUGGCAGCCGGGAUGUUGGUUCCCAACUUUUCACCGCGUUAUUGCGUGGGCUCGGAAUCGAAGCCCGAAUGGUAGCGAACCUUCAACCACUUGGAUUUGGGUGGAGCAAGAUCGAGGAAGCGGACGAGGAAAAUAAUGAUCAGGGAGCCCAAGCGAACAAUAGUAAUAAGUCAACGGAAUCUUCAUCGAAGAAACCAAACGGGAAAAAGAAAGGUCCGGUGAAGCCAACAACCCGCCGAGUAAAGAAGGCUGAUAAAGAUACCCUCAAGAUGGACUUGGAUGAUUCAGAUGAAUUUGCCGAGCCUCUCACAGACGAAAGCGAUGAAAAUUCAUCUGUGAUUGAUGUCACGGAUACCAUUCGCCCAAAACGAACAGAAUCAAAAGUAUAUGACAGGGAUCUUGAAUUCCCCCAUUAUUGGACUGAAGUCUUGUCACCGAUCACAAAGAAGUUUCUCCCGGUAGAACCCAUUGUUAAGUCAGUCGUAGCCACCAGUAGGGAACUUAUCGAAUCCCUAGAACCACGAGGGGGAAAAGCCGACAAGGCGAAACAAGUUAUGGCCUAUUGCAUUGGCUUUUCCAAGGAUGGGACAGCGAAGGAUGUCUCGGUGCGAUAUCUCAAGAAAAAUAUUUUCCCUGGUAAGACAAAAGGGUUCAGAUUACCUGAAGAAAAGAUACCAGUAUACAAUAAACACGGUAAAGUCAAGAGAUACGAGCAAUUUGAUUGGUUUAGAUCAGUCAUGCGAGGCUACAUUCAGGGUGACAAGAAACAUCCUAUUACGGAUGUAGAUGAGGAAGAAGAUUCCAUCGAUCUCAAACCAGCCAAACCGGAGAAGAAGGAAGUCAAGGCAGGAGAGGAGACACUUCAAUACUAUAAAACAUCAAAGGAGUAUGUCUUACAACGUCAUCUUAAGCGCGAGGAAGCUCUAAUCCCCGAUGCCGUUCCCGUCAAACUGUUCCGAAACAAGGGAAAGGGAUCUAAAGUUGAGGAGGAAGAUGUCUAUCUUCGGAAGGAUGUUGUGGCAGUGAAAAGUGCAGAGACCUGGCACAAACAAGGUCGCGCUCCAAUGGAAGGGGUUGAACCACUCAAACAUGCACCCUAUCGAGCUGCGACAACUAAUAGGCGGAGAGAAAUCGCCGAGGCAGAAGCAGCUACCGGCCAAAAAGUCAUGCAACCCUUAUAUAGCUUCGAGCAGACGGACUGGAUUAUACCUCCCCCUAUUGAAAACGGAAUUAUUCCGAAAAACGAAUAUGGAAACAUCGAUAUGUUCGCAGAGCACAUGUGUCCAGAAGGUGCUAUUCAUGUCCCAUACCGUGGUGUGGUCCGUGUUUGUAAGCGACUCGAAGUUGAUUACGCAGAAGCUGUCGUCGGGUUCGAAUUCGGUCACCGGAUGGCCGUUCCCGUCAUACAAGGCGUCGUGAUUGCCGUAGAAAACUACGAGCGUGUAAUAGAGGAGCUCGAGAAAGACGAGGCGGAACGAGCUCGAAAGGAAAAUGAAAAGCGACGUAAGGAGGUACUUACAACAUGGCGGAAGUUCUUGAUGGGUAUGCGAAUCGCAGACAGAUUUAAGGAGGAGUAUGGACACCUCGAUGAAUCAGUGGAAGUAUUCGGGCACGACACCGGAACCGAUAAGGAUUUUGAGGCGAUGCGCGAGAAAGAUGAAGACAUGGCCGGCGGUUUCCUGCCUGAAGGGUACGAAGAGGAGGAAGCGGCUGAAGCGACUGAGCAACUUCGUCAAAGCUCCGGAUUUUUCCCCGCCACGAACGAAGAGGAAGAUUCGGACGAAAAUGAUCCCUUUGAAAUAGAGUAUGGGAAGCACAAAAAUACUACCGCUCCCCCCGAACCGUCCCCCGACCCCGAGCCGGAUCCUGAGCCGGAAAUCCCAGCCAAGGUAGCCCCCAAAAAGGCAGCACCGAAACCAAAGGCCAAACCGAAACAAUCUACACGAAGGCGGACUCGGAGGAAACAGGCCAUAUCUUCCGACGAAGAUGAUGAGGACGAUGAAUUUGUGGGUUUAGAUGAUAGUGAUUAA